AUGUCUGCCCACCAACAGUCCUCCAAUCCUCAUAUGGGCGCCACGUUCUACCCAGGAAAUGUUGAUGCUUUCCAAAUGCCAGAAGUGAUCUCUCCAGCGCCUCAAAGGGUGAUGCCAGAAGUCCCCGAAAACAUGCAAGAUAAUCUCGCCCACCUUGAACAGGAAGCUUACGGCCCAAGCCGCUUGGCCAGCCAAAACGCUCAGUACGAUUACCAACCACCACAACAUCAGCAAUUUCCAAAUCGAACGUCGUCGGUCCCAAAUCAAGGCUAUGCGCAGGAUAGCCAGUCAUAUUCAGACUCUUAUGGCCAGGAUGCCUACGGACAACCUCCGCAGUCCUUUAGCGAGACGCCCAAUUUCUCUCCUUUCCCGGUUCUACGGAAUCCCCCACCCAAUGUCCCUCCAACCGAUGAUCAACGAGAAGCAAAUUUGGAGAGUGGUCGCCUUGCAGUCCUCAGCUCAAAUGACCCAGAAAUGCAGCUCGCCUGGGCUCAGGAUGCUCUCUCCUAUGUCGAACCCCCUCGACCGCAAACACCACAGAUUGAGCGCCAAUUGAAAACAGACGCCAUCAAUGUCGUGUCCUUCCUGGCUGAGCAAAGUCACCCUAGAGCGUUGUUUAUCAAGGCAAUGUGGCUAGAAUUUGGCAAAUUCGGUUUCCGUGUUGACAAGAAGGAGGCUUUUCUCUGCUAUUCUCAAGCUAGUGAGAAAGGGUAUGCAAGGGCAGAAUACCGCAUGGGCAUGCAGUUUGAGAAUUCAGGCGAGCCUCACAAAGCGAUUAAGCACUAUGAGCGUGGUGUCAGCCUUGGUGACUCUGCCUCGAACUACAGGCUUGGAAUGAUGAUCCUCCUGGGUCAACAUGGACAACGCCAGGACUACGCUGUGGGCUUAGACCAUAUUCGAUAUGCCGCGCAAACAUGCGACGAAAAUGCGCCCCAGGGAGCCUACGUAUACGGGAUGCUACUGGCUCGUGAACUGCCACAGGUCGCUGUUCCAGACGAAUAUCUCCCGUAUGAUUUAAAUGCUGCGAGGAUUAACAUCGAAAAAGCAGCGUACCACGGGUUCGCAAAAGCUCAAGUGAAAAUGGGAGCUGCGUACGAGCUCUGUCAACUGGGUUGUGACUUCAACCCUGCUUUAUCUCUCCAUUACAAUGCUCUUGCCGCACGGCAAGGCGAACCUGAGGCUGAAAUGGCAAUCAGCAAAUGGUUCCUAUGCGGGCAUGAGGGGCUUUUUGAGAAAAAUGACGAGAUGGCGUAUACAUAUGCAAAGCGGGCUGCCCAGAGUGGACUGGGAACCGCAGAAUUCGCGCUUGGCUACUUCCAUGAAAUUGGAAUAUACGUUCCGGUAAACAUCAAGGAAGCGCGGGUCUGGUAUGCAAAGGCCGCAGCCAGUGGUAACAAAGAUGCCAGCUCCCGGAUCGACAGCAUAUCGCGUUCCAAAACCCUAUCGAGAAAAGACCACGAGCGUGUUGCCAUUGCGCGUAUUAAAUCGCAGUAUGCUUCCCAUGGACGAGCUCAACGCUUUGCGGAACCCCAGACCGCGCAGCCUGUUCAACAAGAUACCCUAGAAAUGCCAGACCCAUCACGCAUGACCAUUUCUAGCAGAGACUCCAUGAACCAGAGACCAGUGUCGGCGGCGCCAUAUCCAGACGGACCUAAUCCCGGCUAUGUCAACUCCCCGGGCCAGUACAGCCCGCGAUCAAGCUCCGCAUUCGGAAUCAACCCGAACAUCCGCCCCCAUUCCGCCAAUCACAUGCAAAACCGCGUUCCGGCCACCGGGGGAUCCCCCUCGUUACACGCGCAAGGCCACCGACCACAGCCAGGCACUCCGAAAUUGGAUAUCGGCUACUCCGCGCCUCCAGAACCCUCCGGUGCCGACCGAAGAAGGCGCCUUCAACGUCCCGACCACCCACAUAAUAAUGGGUCCAUGCAGCCCAUGGCACCCGGCCACAGUGGUGUUCCACAUCCAGACCCUCGGGGAAGUCGUGUGCCGUCAUCCUCACACUCCUCAUCAGGCGGCCACUAUCCUUCUCGUGGUGAAUCGAAGCCGCAGAUGACUUCCGCCCCUGCCUCAUCGGCAGCCCGUCCUGGCCAGAAGCCCGCUCAGUCAGGCCAGCCCGCGCAGAAGCCAGUGGGCGGACUCCCUGGCAAGGGACCUAAAACCUUCGAGGAGAUGGGAGUGCCACAAGGCAAGGGUGAUAGCGAUUGUAUCGUGAUGUGA